AUGGCAUCGCGCGGGCUUGCACGAUCUGCUUUGCAGGACCUCACUGCCGCAGAGGGCCCUUCAGCCAGCUUGCAAGCCUUGAGGAGAAUCAAAUGUGACUUGACCGGGCAUGUCUCGCGCAAGAUCGAAUACAUCCAGAAUGGCCUCAUCCCCCAGCUCUCAAAGAUCCUGGCCGAUGUUGCCACCCAGCAAGCUGCCCUGCCUGCAGGGGACACACAUCUCGAGCAGGAGGAGUUGUUGACCGCCCAGGCUGCCCAGAUUCUUUGUGUCAUUGCCCACGAGGGACCCUCCUUUGUACAACCGCUCCUUCAGACCGAAGUCCUGCAAAGACUAGUGUCUUUCCUUCCCCUCCAGCUCGCUCCGAGAACCCGCCUCGCGAUCCUGAGGUGUCUCAAUGCUGUCGCCGAUAAUCUUCCCCCCGCGACCCCGGGCACUUGGCCCCAAAGUCCCAAACUCGCCGAUCUCCUGUACUCAAAGAGAUAUAUACAAUGCUUUGGGACCAUAAUUGGAAAUGCCGAUGCGACCCUCUCGUCUCAACAGGCCUGUGAUUCUAUGUUGGCCCUUCUGUGCAAGACCGUGACGCAUGAGGCUCAGAAACGUGCAUUGAGCGAGACAGGUGUCUUGACCCUGCUUUCAACCCGCGUGGCAUCAUUUGUCGUGGCUGAAGGACUCGUCCCGCCCAGCCCAGAGGCUUUAGAUGGCGAUGGUAAUAUCCCAACCGGGCUUCCGGAGCCAGCACCUCCGUGUGCCCACCUGUCUCCAGUUCUAGAGGCGCUAUGCGUGUUGUUAGAGGGCUCCGAAUCAAGGACGAAGGCAUUCUUGGCGGAUCCUACUAUCAAGGCCGUCCUUCCUGACCUUAGGGACGACUUCUCACCAUCAGAUAUCCGACGGGCGCCAUGGGGAGCCAGCUAUUUUUCUGGCGCCGCAGUCCCGCGCUCACGACUGCACGGACCUUUCGAUUCUCUUCUACCGAUCGCACCAAUAUCCGAAAAGGCCAAUGCUGCACAGCCCGGCUUUCCUCCACUCAGCUCGGUCACGGCCAUGCCCAAACGCAGACCGUCUUUUCUCCCCACAGCGACCGGAGUACCAAAUCUCAACCUCAGUCAAGGCGCUGUGGAGGAUGUCGAAGAAAGCGCCAUCAUUUCGUGGCUGUUAUACGUCGUUCGGGAGUCGCGCGGAAAACGCCGCCUUCUUGCGGCGAGAUUACUGGUCAACCUUCACAGCCUUGGUUUCGUUAAGACGGAUCGUGGAUCGUCAUUUGCGUCUUUGUUGGUGCCGCUCUUGACACCGAUGCUCGUUCCACAUACAGCGCGAGUUGAGACAUGUCAACCCAGCCAGACGCAUCUUUGUACUGGCAUGCAUUACACAGAGGCAGCUCCUGCAGUGGUAGCUGCGCUCAUAAUGGACGAUCGCGAGAUGCAGAAAGUGGCCGUCGAGGGCAAGGCGAUUGUCACUCUGUCCCUUGGUCUGAAAAUGACCUUCGAAGCCCCUUCAGGUCGCAAACUAUCGCCCUGGCGCCCCCACAAACCGGACAAGACGGAGACGGACUCAACGACCCCUGGUACGAGCAUCGGUCCUGGUGGACCAACUUGGACAGCCAGAAAGGAUAUGCGCUAUCGAGAAGGCUGUUUGAAAGCACUCGCAGCUAUUGCACCAUUCGAGGAGGACUACCGUGAACAAAUUUGCAACGAGAAUGUUUUGCCAUAUAUUAUUCAGGCUUUGGAGCCUUGUGAGGCUCAAGAUGGCUCGCACCAGGAAAUCGAGGUGGCGGGAAAUUCAGCUUCCGUAAUAUUGGCUGCAUGCGCAGCUGUUCGAGCAUUAGGAAGGUCUGUCCGGGCGCUACGCACGAAGCUCAUUGAGGCGGAGGUUGCCAAACCGAUCCUGAGGCUGAUGAAUUCGACGAAUCCAGAGCUGAGAAUAGCGGCCACAAAGGUUCUCACCAACUUAGCCAUGGACUUCAGUGCAGUCAAAGAGAGCGUGGGGGAAUCGACGGUGGUGAAGAAGUUGUGCGAGCAAGCCCAUUCGGCCAGCGCUCGGCUUCGACACGAGUCACUGUGGGCUUUGAAACAACUGGUGCUCAAUGCCAACAAGAAGCUCAAACAAGAGGUCGUGGACGAGUUAGGCUGCAGCUGGAUCAAGCUUCUGAUCAAGACGGAUCCUAUCGACAUCCCGGAAGGCGAAGUGAUUGGACUUGUGGAGAGAGACUACCCUCCCAUCACAGCAUACAGACGUUUUGCCGCCUCAGCGGACAACCCCCAAGAUGUCGUCAUGGGCGAGGACUCGGAGCAGGAUGGCGAGAAUGAGGUAGACGGGAGCGGAGUUUCUGACACAAUAUCCGAGACCGCUGGUGGCUUUGAUACCAAGCACAGCGUGGACGACGACAUCCAGAUUCAAGCACAGCUCCUGGAUCUUCUUCGAAACCUUUUCUGCGGCGACAACGCUUCUGACCUAGUUGCAUAUGUCAUAGAUGAAAUGGGGCAGGACGACUUUUUCCGGAUCAUGCUCGAUCGACUACGGCCACGGACGCUGGCUGGACCUACGCGGAAGGAGAAUUACACCACACCACCACCGAAUAUAAUUGUUGUGAAGGUUUUAUUCGUCUUGGUACAUAUUGCUGCGUGCAACCCCAAGUGGCGGAAUGUGAUAGCCUCCCAACACGCUCUUCUCAAGCAAAUCCUGACCUUCUGCAACCACGCCGACCGAGACAUUCGCUCGACUUGCUGUUGGAUCGCCAUCAACUUGACGUACGAGGACGACGCGAAUGAUCGAGCAGGAUGCCGGCACCGAGCCAUUGAGUUACAGAAGGUCGGCUUCGUCUCGCACCUGAGGAAGAUGGAAACGGACCUUGAUCUGGACGUGCGAGAGCGGGCAAAGACGGCCUUGCACCUGAUGACGAACUGA